AGAGCACAUUGAGGAGUCAGGAGGAAGUGGAAACAGAGCAGGUUCAAGUGAAGAGAAGAGAUUACACUGAAGAUGCUGUUGGAGUAUUUAGUCUUGGGGGUGAUUACCUCUCUUUUGACGGGGGCCGAGUGUGAGGAAACAGAGGUGUUUGCUGAAGCAGGCUCUCAGGCUGUGCUACCCUGUAAAGGAAGCCAUUCAUACCACAUGAGUCCCUGCAUAGUUUGGACUAAAGCCAAAAAAGGCACAGUUUGGAGAAAAGACAGGAGCGGUCUGCAGUACUGGGGCUCGAACUGGACAUCUAAAGGCGUCAGACGCGUUCAGUGUCCGCACUCCCGCUUUGAGAGGAACGAUUUCAGCCUGCAGAUCAACAACGUGAGGGAGGAGGACGGGGGACAGUACUCCUGCAGGGUGACGGAUGGACACAUGUUGACUGAAAGAUUGGUCAUGCUGAGAAUCAUAAAAGUGUCCGUCUCCUCAUCGGUGCCCAUGUGGGGGAGUGAUGCUUCGAUCAGCUGUCAGGUGACUCCUUGGCCUCAAGGCGCCUCGCUGCAGUGGACGUUGAACAACAACACAUUCAAGCCUCGGACCGAAUCAGCCUCAGACACUGAUGUACAUGUUGUGAGGGAAAAAGCGACGUUGAAACUGUCUGGAAUCUGGACCUGUCUGGUGGGAUACAGGGGGAAAGAGGGGAGAGCUUCUGCAGCUCUCACUGUGAAGGGAAUCAUCACACCACCCACCGACGGUACUAAGGUGUACGCUGCAGUGGGGUCUGCAGUCACUCUCCCCUGUGUGUUCUCCUCUGGUCUGACACCUUCUAACCCAGUCUGGGAGAAACUGAAACCUGGGUUUCUUUUUUAUCCCGCUCCCGGUCUCCUUCCUGCUUCUUUCUCUCUGUCCUCUACUUCCUCUCAGCCUCUCGGCGAUAAAUCUGGCAGUUUGAGAGAAGUUGGGUUUGAGGAUGAGGGUCGGUACAGAUGCUCUGGUACUGUGGACCAACAACAGCUGACCCGGAAUAUGCAGCUAGUUGUUGCUAAAAUUGUCAGCAGCACCCCGUUAAAGAAAACCGGCUCUGUGACGCUGACCUGCCAACUGACGGACGCUAAAGGGGUCACCGACUACGAGUGGGUCCAUGUGGUCUCUGACCUCAACGGCAGCCAAUCGGUUCAGUCCGUUCAGAAGGGAAACACUCUGAGUAUAGACACCACAUCAGAGGAGAACCAGGGGGAAUGGGCAUGUCGAUUCUACGGGAAAGACGGCGUUCUGGGAAAUGUAACAUACCACAACCAAAUGAUGAGCGGUCUGAGUGGACAUACAUCUUCACAGACCCCACACAACACGGCUGCUGUGCUCGGUCUCAGCUUAUUCCUCCUUGUUCUGCUCUUGAUUUUGGUUCAGAUGUUCAAGAACCACCAACGGAGGAAAAAGAUCUUUCAGUUUCCUGCGCUGGAGACAAUUGUUCACACCAACUCCAAUGAGCAGGAGGAGAGAGCAAGAAACCAAGAGAAGAUGUAAUGACUCGUUGAAGCAGAGGAAGACGGAGCGCUAAACUGACCUGAGAUCCGCCUUCAUGUCUGCACCACAUUGGGAGACUUUAGUUUGCACAAGUUUUGUAAAUACAGUAUUUUUAGAGCAGAUGUUGUAGCAGUCAUUCUUUUGUUGAUUUUAAAUGUGCGUCUAAUCCUGUUGUUUCCAUGUAUGUAUAUUGAGAAAAUAACGUUCUACAAAUAAAGGUUA